AUGAACGACCAAGACAAUAAUUGCAGCAAAGAUGUGGCGUUCGGCCUGCGCGCCAACUGCGACGCGCCCGACUUCCCCGUCGUCGAGUACCGAUGGAUCUUUUGGCUCUCGGUCGCAACUGUGGCAGCCUUCAUAGCGGUUGCUGCCCUCCGCGUACUCCGCCUUGUCCGAUCCCGGAACCCGUCCGUUGUGCGCGGCGCCGGAAUGAUGUGGAUCGCCAAGCUCGUUGCCGGUGCCGUAUUCACCGGGCUGAGACUCGGUCUUCUCGUCGUGGUGCUUCGCCCGCAAAAUGGACGUCCCAAUGCGGAGCUCGUGGCAUCCACAGCCCUCAAUUUCACCGCAUCCUGUCUGCUACUAGCGCUUUCGCCUCUUGAGCAUCUCAAACGAUCUCGGCCCUCCAUCUUGGCUUGCUCUUUCCUCUUUGUCGCUCUUAUUUACGACAUUUACAGAUGUCCUUCCCUCUGGUCUGCAUCAGACCGGCAAAAUGACGAACACCUUUCGCUUUCCUUCAAGGUCCUGUUCACGGCUGCAAUGGCCGUUGAGGUCUUGUUCUUGGCACUAGAAAGCCUGAAGCGGAGGCGGUGGCUUAAGUGGGACUCGGACGAGCACAGUCCGGAAGAGACGAGCAGCAUCUUGAGUCUUGGCCUAUAUUCAUGGCUUAAUCCCCUGUUGUGGAAAGGGUACCACAAGCCAUUGGUGAUGGAUGACCUGUUCCCACUUGACGCUUCCAUCUCUGUCGCAAAGCUAGACACUCGAACGAGCCUGGAGUCAAGCGGAACCUCUAUCUCAGACCUCGUUCAGUGGCUCGCGAGGCCACUGGGCUGGUCAGUUCUAUUGCCCAUCCUUCCAAGACUGUGUCUGCUUGGAUUCACGUUCUGUCAGCCUUUCUUCCUCCAACGCUUACUGCUCUUCUUGUCAUCCAACGAAGACAACUCCUCAACCGCCUCCGGACUAGUCGCAGUCGCAGUCUUGACCUACUCGGGCAUAGCCAUCUCAACCGCCCUGUACUGGUACUACCAAGAACGUUUCCAGUCCCUCCUGCGCGCGUAUUUGAUAUCUGCAAUCUACCGGAAAACAGCCGAAAUUCAGCACGUAGGCGAUGGCGACUCAGCUGCUGUCACACUGAUGGGUGCCGAUGUCGAGAGAAUCUACACUGGCCUCCGCCUUAUGCACGAGGUCUGGGCCAAUGCCAUCCAGAUCGGGCUCGCUUCUUGGCUCUUACAACGGCAACUCGGCCUCGCCUUCCUUGCUCCCUUGGUCAUUGUUCUCAUCUGCUUCUUCAUCUCGUUUGCGAUAUCAAGUCGUGCUGUGCCUUACCAAAGCGCGUGGAUGGCCCGCGUGCAGAAACGUAUCGCGGCCACCUCAGCCGUUCUCUCUAACAUCAAGGAUCUGCGUGUCUCUGGAAUGCUUCGUUCUGCAGCGGCCCUGGUGCAGAGGGAGAGAGAAGAUGAGAUUCGCGUGGGAGAGCGCUCGCGCAUCCUCAUCGCCAUCAGUGCAAGUUCGAGCCAACUUCCGCAAGCUAUUGCGCCAGCUUUGGCUUUUGCUUUCGGCCCAAAGGUGCUGGACGAAACGCGAGCAUUUACAGCGCUCUCCUUCCUGGCGCUGCUGACGGCACCGUUACUAGUCGUACUGCAAAGCUUGCCCAUCAUAGCUGCUUCUUUCGCAUGCCUUCAGAGAAUCAAGCUGUUUCUGGCUCGUGAGGCGAGAGUGGAUGGGAGGCACAUCGUUGACUCAACCGACACUGAUGAGAAGACUGGGCAUCCGGCUACUGAGGUUAAGAGCAAAGAGGCUUUCAUGAGUAUUUUCGAUGGAAGUUUCGGCUGGACAGAGGACAAGCCCGUCCUCAAAGGCAUCAGCGUCUGCGUUCCCCAGUCAUCCAUCACAUUUGUGGUCGGUCCUGUAGCCUCAGGAAAAUCCACACUCUGUCGAGCUCUACUUGGCGAGGUGCCCCACGAGAAGGGCACCGUCACCUUGGGAUCGAAGAAACUAGCAUACUGCGACCAAACACCGUUUCUCUUCAACUCCUCAAUCAUGGAGAACAUCAUCGGGUUCUCUCCACUCAACACAGCUCGCUACGCCGACGUCAUACAAGCAGCAAUGCUGUUGGACGACCUGGCGACCAUGCCAGCUGGAGAUAGGACCGUCGUGGGCACGAAGGGUGUCUCGCUGAGUGGUGGCCAGCGGCAGCGUAUAUGUCUCGCAAGAGCACUCUAUCAUGAAGCAGAUAUUCUGGUUCUUGAUGACGUGUUUCGCGGACUAGAUUCAUCGACGCAGCACCAAGUUUGCCAGGCCAUCUUCGGAAGCAAUGGACUUCUGAGGAAGCGGGGAACGACUGUCAUUGUUUCUACGCAUUCGACACAGUUAUUGCCGGUUGCAAAUCACAUCAUUGCGCUUACACAAGAGGGUACUAUUCUUGAUCAAGGCACAUUCAUAGACAUUGCAGAGGAUGAGGAGAGAGCUCGGCGCUCCGGUCUCACGAGUAUCUCAGAAGCUAUCAUAAGCCAAUGCAAGAAAGACACGACAGCCGAUGAGAUGGAAACCUCCCCGUCAAAGGAUGCGAGAAAAGCAUCGCAGCCUCUGAAGACGGUCGUUGUACCAAGGGCCCAGCCUACCUCAGCAACCAUUCCGACCGUCGACUUGGCCGUCUACCGCCACUGGCUUUCCACCAUGAAGCCUCUUCCGCUGAUUAUGUUCGCUAUUUUAGUGAUUGGUGUUGGUUUCUGUGCCAACUUCCCAACAAUCUGGCUCAAGUUCUGGUCGGGAGACUCCACAUCUUCCUCGCCUCAGCAUACCUUCGCAUUCUGGAUGGGACUUUAUGCACUUAUUGGAGCAGGUGGUGUUAUUUGCGUCUUCCCAGCUGGUCUUAUCAUGCUACGUACUGCCGUACGUCUUGCCGGAACGGACCUCCAUCAUGCCACAGUGGAUACAGUCAUGAACAGCAGUCUCCAAUUUCUAAGCACCACGGAUGUUGGCAAGAUUCUGAACCUUUUCAGUCAGGAUAUGAACAUUAUGGACACGCAACUGCCACGCAUGAUCAAUAAUCUCUGCUUCUGUCUCGCUACUGCUGUUGGUCAGGCCGCAGUCAUCGCAGUUUCUUCAGCCUGGUUAGCAAUCAGUUAUCCGUUCUUCGUGUUGUUGCUGUGGGUAGUUCAGAGGAUUUAUCUUCCCACCUCAAAGCGGCUUCGUAUCCUUGAUCUCGAGGCAAAGACACCUCUUUAUACCAACUUCCUAGACACCCUAAACGGUCUGACUACCAUCCGAGCUUUCGAUUGGUUCCCUCAUCAACUAGCCCGCAAUAACGCCCUGCUCGAUGAUUCUCAGCGUCCUUCGUAUUUGUUAGCAAUGGCACAACAGUGGCUGAUGCUCACAAUGAACAUUCUAGUGGCCGUUGUAGCUGUCCUCCUAGUAGCUCUCGCGACGCAAUUGAGAUCUGACACGGGCAAUGUCGGUGCAGGUCUGGUCACUCUAAUCACACUCGGUGGUACGCUGACAACAAUUGUGGUCGCGUACACCGGUCUUGAAACGUCUCUUGGCGCAAUUGGUCGUCUUAAAGCAUUCGGAGAGGAGACUGAGAGGGAAGAUUCCGUAGGCGAUGAUAUUAUAACUGAUGAAGCAUGGCCCAUGAGCGGGCACGUGGAUAUACGUAACGUGGACAAAGUUGCAAUAUGCGGAAGGACGGGAAGCGGUAAAUCCUCUAUCCUUACACUACUACUACGCCUCAUCGACCCCUUGCAAGCGAGCACUACUGCAAAUCCGCAGCCUGCCAUCAUGAUUGACGGCGUUCCCCUCAGCACUGUCAACCGUAUCACCCUCCGCGAGCGCGUCAUUUCAGCUUCACAAGACCCUGUUUUCCUCCCGGAAGGCACAACUUUCCGCGCGAAUCUCGACCCAGCCUCCGUUGCAACAAACGAAGAGUGUGCUGCCGUUCUUUGCGAUGUCGGUCUCCACACCGCUAUCGAAGAACACGGCGGACUUAAUGCCGUGAUCAGCGGAGUCGAGCUUAGUGCGGGCCAGAAGCAAUUAUUCAGUGUUGCUCGCGCAGUACUCCGCCGGAGAGUGAGACGUCGAGAAACCGGGGUGGACGGCGGUCUUCUGCUCCUUGACGAGAUCACAUCGGGAGCGGAUACUGAGACGGAGAAGAGAGUUAUUCGGAUACUGGACUCCGAGUUUGGGGCAUAUACGGUCAUCAUGGUCACACAUCGGAAGGAGAUGGCUAUGUCCUGUGAUCGGGUGAUCAUGCUGGAUGCUGGGGAGGUGGUCGAGGAUGGUGCGCCUCGGGUGUUACUUGCGAAGGAGGACAGCCGGUUCAAAGCCUUGUGGAAAUUAUGA